UCUCUCUCUCUCUCUCUCUCUCUCUCUCUCUCUCUCUCUCUCUCUCUCUCUUUCUCUCACGCUAAUCCAAGACAGAAUCCAUGGAUUACAAAACCACAGCAAUCCUAGUCGCAGCCUCAAGCUCCACCAUCAUGUUGAUAAUCUUGUUCAUCUUAGUCGUUACGUUCGUAUGUCGCCGCCGUCCUGCAAUCAAAGACCAACCUCCCCGGAAUCAUAACUUCCCCGAUCCGGAUCUUACCUCCUCCGACAUGGUAACGGAAAGCGCAAGCUUCGAUCCUUCAAUCUGUGAAAUAUCUAUGGCGGAACUUAUUAAAGCAACCAAAAACUUCUCAUCGGAUCUUAUCGUCGGCGACGGAAGUUUCGGUCUCGUUUACAGAGCUCAGCUCUUUAACAGCGUCGUAGUCGCGGUCAAAAAGCUCGAUCACGACGCUUUACAAGGAUUCCGAGAAUUCGCGGCAGAAAUGGAGACUCUUGGUCGUCUCAACCACCCGAACAUCGUUAGGAUUCUCGGUUAUUGUAUCUCGGGAUCAGAUCGGAUCCUCAUCUACGAGUUCUUAGAGAACAGUAGUCUGGAUUAUUGGCUACACGAGACUCAUGAAGAGAACAGUCCGCUGACUUGGUCAACGCGAGUGAUAGUCACGCGCGAUGUGGCCAAGGGUUUAGCGUAUUUACAUGGACUACCGAAGCCGAUUAUACAUAGAGAUAUUAAAUCGAGUAACGUCUUGUUGGAUUCGAAUUUCGUGGCUCAUAUAGCCGAUUUCGGGUUGGCGCGUAGGAUGGGUGCGUCGAGGUCGCAUGUGUCGACGCAAGUGGCGGGAACGAUGGGGUACAUGCCACCCGAGUAUUGGGAAGGGAAUACCGCGGCGACGGUUAAAGCUGAUGUUUAUAGUUUCGGUGUUUUGAUGUUGGAAUUGGCGACGCGCAGACGGCCGAAUUUGCCGGUUGUUGUUGAUGAUAAGGAGGUUGGGUUGGCUCAAUGGGCUGUGAUCAUGGUGGAGCAAAAUAGGUUUUACGAAAUGUUGGAUUUUGGAUGUGUUGUUGGUAGCGACAAGGGAGUGGAAGAGUAUUUUAGGAUUGCUUGUCUUUGUAUAAAAGAGUCGACUAGAGAAAGGCCUACUAUGAAUCAAGUUGUGGAGUUGUUGGAAGAUUUAUGUAGAUUUAUGUAUGUACCCGUUACUCCAUAGAAACUAGAGCUUACUGAAGCAAUAAAGGAGAAGCGUGGGACUCUCUGUGGAAACUAAACAGUUUUGUGCCAUAGAAUAAUCAUUGUUGUAUCAUGAUCCAGUUUAGACCAUGUAGAAUGGUUAUAACAUUUCAACAUCCUCCAUCUCAAUUUUUAACACUUCACAUCAUUUUUUCUU